AUGAAUUUAAGCUACACGCGCCAGCCUGGUUGUGAGGUGGAUACGAUGGUUGGCGAAAGACUAGAACAUCCUUCGCCAUUUGCUCAAGCGAGUUUAAUGUUCCUCAUUGUCAUCAACAUCAUCACCUUUCCUUUCACUGCUGCCUUAAACGCGCUUGUGAUGAUCGCCGUUAAAACGAAAUCCCGACUAAGAGUCCACAAGUCAAACAUUUUACUGGCGAUGCUGGCAUCCACGGAUUUCAUUGCUGGUAUCCUAGCUCAACCAACGUUCAUCGCGAUAGCUAUAAUGUUGUUGCGCGGCAAGCCGGAUGUAUACUGUUUACUUCUAGUCUUCAGAAUUGUCAUCACGGGACUGUUUCUUGCUACGCAUUCCCAUCUCGUUUUGAUCGCAGGAGAGCGCUAUCUAGCCAUACUACAUCCAUUUCUACACAUUAGCUAUGUCACUGUACCUCGCUUGCUAGCGGCUUCAAUCUUGGCAUGGCUCUUCGCUGUAAUUAGUCUAAUUCUACAUAUACUCGUUGAGAAGAAUGUAUUUUUUGCCAUAAUCUUUUCUUUAUUUGUUUUGUCUGUUGUCUUCAAUGCUAUUUGCCAUGUUAAAGUUUACCGUGAAAUCCGCCGAAACGAACAGCAAAUUGCAGCUCAGCAAGUUACGCAAGAAGCAAGGCAACAAUUACUAAGAGAUAAAAAAGCCCUAAAGCUAACUUCUAUGAUCCUUGCAGCUUUACUUUUUUGUUUUAUCUUUCCGUUGGCGUUAACUGCUGUAGUGAAGUUUGGAUUUGAUGCAACUGUCGAAACUAGGCACAUCCUUGUAUGUUUUGGAAUUUCAAUAGCUCUGCUGAAUUCCUUACUCAAUCCGAUCAUUUAUUCAGUUAGAAUGAGACAAUUUCGCGUAGCGUUCAUCGAAUUAAUUUAUAGAACUGCGAACAUUACUGAAGCGGAAGAGUUUGAGUCGCGAUUUUUUGGAGCGAGGGUUAGAAUUGAAGCUGGACAAGAACGAGGAGAACAAGGUCAACAAAAUCUGGAACUUGAAGUUGUGCAGAACAACGCGAAUCCUAACAACGAUGUGAUAUUACAGCAGCAAAACCAUGCCAUGGACACUAAACAGUUCUUACGGUUGCCAGGUGCAUUACAUCGUCAUAGUAUAUAG